CUGGAAAUAGUAAACACUAUGGAAUGUAUUAUGUUUCCUGUCUAAAUGAGGAUGAAUAUGCCGACUAUAUAAGGAGGGAAUUCACAAUUUCAAAGGGUCGCGAGACCAGAGAGCUUCAUCACCUUCACUUUACCUUCUGGCCUGACAAAGGUGUGCCGGAAGAGGUGACAGGAAUCGUUGAGUUCAGACAGAGAGUCCAGAACAUUCCUAGCGAAUUUGAUGGUCCUGUUCUCGUUCACUGCAGUGCUGGGGUUGGAAGAACUGGAACAUACAUCGCUCUAGAUAUUUUGACAAAGGAGGGAGAGAGUGAGGGAUCAAUACACAUCCCUGGCUGUGUGAUUAACAUGAGACACGAUAGGGCCAACAUGAUACAGACCACGAACCAGUACGAUUUCUUAUAUCGAGCGCUUGUCUGUUCGCUGAGUGAUAUCAGCAAACCAGUAAGAGGAAAAUAUUUUCGCCAAUACAUGAAACAGAUGGGCGAUGAAGACAUCAAUGGACAGUUUCAGGAGCUGCAAAACGUUUUAGGAAAAACAUCAAAUAAUGAAAUGCAUGCCGUUGAGGAGAAAAGGGAAAUAAAAGGCAAUAUCCGACCAUUUCCAGACAUACCAGAUGCCUUUAUGGAAUAUAUUGCAGCAGAUCGCAACAUACCUUGUCUAUUACUUAAUAGCACACCUGGAGCUUCUGGAUAUAUAAAUGCAGUUUACAUCGAUAGUUUGAAAGCAAGAAAUCGCUUCUUGGUUGUUAAAAGUCCUACGAAGGAUAAUGUGAUUGGCUUUUUGAGAUUGCUGUACCAGGAAAAUUGUUCUUGUGUCGUAAGCUUUGAAACGUCUAAAGACAAACAAAAAAAACCAAAUGUCGGAUUUUAUUAUCCUGCUGACAAUCACAUUUUGAAAGAGGGCAUGUUUCAAGUCAGCUGUUCGGUAAAAGAAAACAAAGGCUAUUGUUCAAAAAGACUUCUAACGAUCACACAUAAUGGAACUAAUGGGCAGCGUUCCGUGCCUCACUUUGGAUUCAAUGCAUGGGAUAAUACCAGUGAUGUCCCGAAGUCGAGUAAGGAUUUCCUUGACUUUAUCAGAAGCGUUGAUGCCACCUUAAGAGAAACUUCUACGCGAGGCCCGGUUCUCGUUCACUGUUUAGACGGGUCGGGCAAAAGCGCCUUGUUUUGUGUUGUUUCAAUUCUGUUGGAAAAGAUGGACAUAUACCAGGAAGUCAGCGUUGUUAACACAAUCAGAAAAGUCAGGUCGAGACGGAAAUCAGCAAUACCUAGCAAGGAACAGUUUGAAUUCUGCCACGAAUGCGUGUUGUCCUACGUAAAGUCAUUUGAAUACAGCCAAUAUGCGAAUUUCACUACUAGUAUAGCAAGUGAACCAGAUGCUUAAACUAAUUGAAAACGCUACAGGAAAACGACAACAAUCAAAAUGAGAAUGAGUUCUUAUUAUUACCAUUUUUUAAGAACAACUUUGUUCAAUGCUUCUUAAAAUGAGGAAACGCUGAUCCACUGACACUUUUUCAAAGAAUGGGACAAAUUCAUACAGAACGAUUGCCAAUACUUGUGCAUAAGUCGUGUUUCCUACCUGAACGUAGUAGGAUAUAUAAUGGGAUUUAUUCGUUCGACAUCACGGUUAUAGUGAACUCUUAAUAUAUAUUCCUAUAUAAUUCAAGUGAGUCGAUACACGCUGUAUUUCGAUAGACAUGAAUUUUGCAAAACUGGAUGACAAUGUUAUCGUUUGCCUACUUUAUCACAAUGUUUACCGAUUUGUUUGCUAAACAAGUUGUCCGGAUUUAAGGACGUUGACAUUGCAAAUUUACCCCUAUGGCAUUUCACUUGAUUGUUUUUCAUGAUUUGUGUUAGAUUAUUGUUUGUUUGUAAAUAUUAAUAUUUUGGUAGAAAGGUAUGGCCUUUCUUUAUAAAAAGUGAAGUGUUCUAAUGCAGAUGUGAAACCCAGGUUUAUCUUACUAUAUAAUCUUUUUGACUAUGAAUGAUCUUUUCAUUGUUAAUCAGCUGCAAAUGCCUUUAAUAGGUUUAAGUCUGAAACGCAGGCUUAAUAUGUUGGUGUAUUUUACGGGCUCAUGUGCUACAUCUCAUCAUUAACAAUUAUGCUACAAGUAGGUCACAUAUGUAGGGUAUCGGAUACUUAACUUGACGAGGAAAGCAAGAGUUUUGAACCUGUCAUAUAACUUAUGUACAAGAUUGAGUACAGCAUGGUGCGAUUUGUUCUUUUUCGCCUUGGAUCACAUUAUUUCAAAACGUAUAACGGCCCUACGAAACAGUUUUAGGACUCAAAGUUCAAAGGAAACAUGCCGAGGGAUAGAUACCGAGGCAUACCUCCAUGUACAAAUAGUUGUAUGACAUAUGACUAGUAAUCAUGUAUUAGAAAUAGUUAUAAAUGUUUGUAAUAGACACAGCAUUGAACAUUUUCAUAUACAUUAUAUUAUAUAAACGUACAGGUAUUCAUAUUAUCAGGCGAUAUAAGGUCCAUUAGGGGAAAGAAAGGUGUCUGCAAUAUAUUGGUCUAUGUAUUUUUCCGUUUUCAGUUUAAUUAUUUUAAAAUCAUUUUUUUAGUCUCCUCUAUGUUUCAUUUAAGUUGACGAUAUUAGAAGAGCGCGGAUUAAAGGCGGAGAGUAACAUUUCAUCAAUCAAUGUUUCAAUGUACAUCGUUUCAAAUAUUCAUGUUUGUUCAAAUCUUUUAUUUGUAUUUACUAAUUCAUUUCUCUUCCUGUUUCAUCAACCUAUUCACUCUUCAAAUGAUAGGGAUACAGAAAGAAGUUUGCAAACAAUGAGCCAUAAGAGAUCAGGAAGUAUAUGUAUUUAAUAUGAUGUAUUAACAAUUGAAACGAAAAAAAAUAAAUCUAAAAUAUUUGCUUCUGCCUACAUUACAUGUAAAAUAUAAAAUAAGUGGUUUGCUAAAAAAUGAAUCAUUUAUAGUUUCUCAAAAAAUAAAAAAAAAGUUUUGUAUAGAAUACUUACUUUAAUAUCGUUCAUACAAAUACACUA